AUGAAAUCCAAGCGACCCGGUCAAGAUUCUUUUCUUUCCUAUUUAUUUGAUUUUCAAUCUAAUAAGAAUGCAAAAAAAAAAGAUUCCAUAUCGCGUACAAGUUCAACUUUACAUCGAACAUUUGAUUCACGUGAUGCGUCAUCAAAUUUAGAUACAUUUUUAAAUUAUCGAAGUGCAAUCGAUAAACAAACAAAAACUUCUAUUGUGAAUAUUAAACAUUCACAUAAUAAUAAUGAUUUAAUCAUUAAUGGUUUUCUAUUUGAUCGACAAUUGUUUCAACCAAUGCGUUCGUCGUAUAUAAGUGAUUAUGAAAAUACACCAGAAGAUCUCAAACUCAACGUUGAAGGUCAUAGUAAAAUAUCAACAUGUUCAUCAUUAGAUGCUCAUCUAUUUAAAUCAGCAUUUAUUAUGACAUUAUCGGAUGGAUAUGUUGAUAAAGAACUUCUACUUGAAUAUUGCCCCCGUGAAGAUAUGAAUGUAAAUAUUCUUGAAGAACUUUCACAUUAUAAACGAUUUUGUUUUCCUGAAUUAAAUUCUACACCAAAAAAUAGUGAUGAACUCUUAAAUGACCAAUCAACAUAUAUUUUUACACGAACGCAUUCAAAUGGACAAAUUGAAUAUGGUUACUGUCGACGAUUGAUCAAGACUCAUAAUCAUAUAACAAGUUUUCCACUUGUAUUUUGUAUUGUUUCAAUUUAUCCAUAUUUUCAAUUGUACGAUGCUAUUCUAGCAGAAUUAACUACAGUCUAUACAUUCAAUGAAACUCAAUGUAGUAUUUUAAUGCAAUCAUUCUAUUCGAAACCAUUACCUGUUCCUACGCAAAAUUCAUCGGGUAUAACAUGUGUACUCAAUGAUUAUCGCAUAUUUUUUUAUCAAUGCCCACGUGAUGAUCGUCUAAAUCAUGAUUAUUUUUCUACAUUACUUUCAUCGUUAUCACCCAAGCAUAUUGUUCAUUUAUUUGAAUCUAUGCUAUGUUCAAAAAGUAUCUUAGUUUUUUCACGUUGUCCAUCAAAAUUAUCAAAAUGUUGUCUUGCAAUUUCAUUUCUAAUCUAUCCAUUUAUAUGGCCUUAUCCUUUAGUUUCCUUAAUGCCAUCAUCAUGGCUAUGUGAUUUAGUUGAUUCUCCAUGUCCAUUCAUAUAUGGCUGUUUACAUGAAACGGUACGUGACACACAAUUAACAUUCGAUCAUGAUACAAUACAAGUUGAUCUAGACUUGAAUAAAAUCAAAGCUUCAACAGAAACUAGCUAUUUAUUACCAGUUGAUCUUCGACAGACGUUCGAAUCCUCACUCGAGUACAUAAGCAAAUACCGUGUAAUGAAAUUAAAUGCAAAUUUAAUUAAUAUAGCUGUUAGUGAAGCAUGUUUACAUGUGUUCAUAGAAUUACUUUACCGUUUACCAGAUUUUGGUAAACAUGAGAAAGCUCCAGCAAAAAACAACGAUGAUAGAUUUUCAAUAUGUUUGAAUUAUUUUGAACAUCAUGAUAGUGGAAUAGAUCUUCAAUCGUUUGAAAAUGUUGAUUCACAAUCAAUAACAUCAAAUCAUGAAGAUAAACGAAACGAAAAUCGAUUUGAUUAUAAUUUUAAUUUUGAUGAAUUUCUUAGUGCACAACCAGAAUCUUAUGUUUCAUUUCUUAAAAAAUUUAUUCAUGGAAUGAUAUUUUUAAAAUUUCUUGAUGAUUAUCAACGAAAUGAUAAUAGUAAUAAACAAGCAUUUUCACUUUUUUCUCAACGUUUAAUCGAACGACGUCGAAUGAUAUUCGAUGUUUCAUCAAUGAGUUCAGUAAAUAGAUUUCGACAAACAUUUGAUUUAUUAGCAAAACAAAUUAAACAAGUGUCCAAACAAACGAAUCCAGCUUUUUCGAAAUAUCUUAAAAAUAUUUUGGAAUAG